UGAGCUCUCAGCAAAAGCUUGCUGGGAUACUUCAUUCCCUGUCCUGUGCAAAGGUCUGUGAUUGGGGAUGUGGUGUGCUCAGUGGGCAGGGCCCCUCCCCUGGGCUGGAUCCGCCUCUCCUAUCCCCCAGAUAAAUUACUAGUGUCCUCACUAAAUUCCUCGGCUUUCUCUCUCCCUCUUUCUCUCCCUCUCUCACACAAACUCACUCCCUCCCUCAAACACAGGCAAAGCAGGGUUGGGGGGCGGGAGGGCGGGGAUCCUCUCUGGACUGGUAUUGUGCCUUAGUCCUGGGCGGGGAGGGAAGGGGAGGAAAAUACUGGAGCCCCUUCUCUCCUACGCCGCCUUGAAAUAGAUUUGAGGAGCUGCCCUUCUUCCCCCCCUCCCCCCUUUCCUGCUGGUCGUUUGGCAUCUUCCAGACCAUGUCCACUGGGUCCCUCAGUGAUGUGGAAGAUCUGCAGGAGGUGGAGAUGCUGGAGUGCGAUGGCCUGAAAAUGGAUACUAACAAAGAGUUUGGGGCGUCCACCGAGAGCAACGAGGAGGGAUCCAAUGGCGAGAAUGGCUCCCCUCAGAAGGGGAGAGGGGCCUCGGGCAAGAGGAAAAAAGCUCCCCCCAAGAAGAGCCCUUUAAAUGGAGUGAGCCAGGAGGGAAAGCAGGUACAGAGAAAUGCUGCCAACGCCAGGGAGAGGGCAAGGAUGAGGGUCCUUAGCAAAGCCUUCUCCAGGCUUAAGACCACCCUACCCUGGGUGCCCCCCGACACCAAACUUUCCAAACUGGACACCUUGAGGCUGGCCUCCAGCUACAUUGCUCACCUGAGGCAGAUCCUGGCCAAUGACAAGUAUGAGAACGGCUACAUCCACCCAGUCAACUUGCACCUUCCCAGCUAAAUAACCAUGUGCAGUGUUCAUUCGCCACCUGAAAUACAACACUGAAGAAAGGGAAGGGAGGAAUACAAUGGCACCCCGUGAAAAGUGAGGAACACAGCUGCAACCAUGUGCCAAAAGCUGCAGGAACAGUAAGUGUUGAAGAUGCUUACUGUAUACACUGUACCAGCAGCAGACACCGCUGCUUCUCGUACUGCUGUUCGCUUUAUCUAGCAGUCUACACUGCAAGUGUCUUGGGGACUAAACUAUUCCUCGAGCAUCCUGCACCUUCCUCAGCCCUUGCCUCUGAGCAACAGUUCAGCAACAAGGAAACAAAAAGCAACAAGAAAUGAACAAAAGCAACCAGCGGUACACAAAAAGGUAAAUAAUGACUUUACUCUGACUGUAAAAUAAUUAGUGGCUUUAUCUCUUUAUCUUUAUUUUGAAGACAAUGAACAUAUUUUCCAGAGGCAUUUAGGUGGCUGGGAACUCCUGGUCUGCUGACCUCUUGUGUUAAGGGCACAGACACAACAGUAAUGGCACAGUGCUGGCAGCUGGCUUCAACAGCCCAAGUUUCUUAGAUGAAUUAAGAGUUCUACUAUGCACUUCAAGAGAACAAUGAAUGAAAUUAUUCUACCCUGCUGCUGAGUGCAAUUUUACCGCAAAAUAUUUGCAAACAGAAAAUGUAUGUUUAGUCUGACUGAAGCAAUUUACACUUUUGAAAGGA